CCCCCCCCCCCGGGCAACUCGAUUGCUAAUAAAAAUUGCGCUGCUGACCAAAAUAAUUGCCCCUGCUGAGUGCUGACCUGCUCAGCUGCUCAUCUGGUUCUGUCGCUUGCUCCAUUGUUUAUGUGGUGCUUGCAGAUUGGCAUUUGAGCCACUCCCGUAGCACAGUUGCCGUCCGAAUCUACUGCCUGAUGUGGUGGUUCUACCGCAAAGGGCCCUCGGGCUUCUCCGGCGCCUCCACGGCCGAGGAGGUUACCGCCGGCGUCGACGGCCGCGGCCUGGUCGCCGUCAUCACUGGCGCGUCGAGCGGCCUCGGCCUGGAGACGGCGUGCGUGCUGGCCCUGCGCGGCGUGCACGUCGUCAUGGCCGUGCGCAACGUCUCCGCCGGGCUCGCGGCCAAGGAGGCCAUCGCGGCCAAGAUCCCCGGCGCAAGAAUCGACGUGCUGGAGCUGGACCUCAGCUCCAUGGCGUCGGUGAGGAGAUUCGCCGCCGACUUCGACUCUCUGAACCUGCCCCUCAACAUUCUCAUCAACAACGCUGGAGUGAUGACGAGGAACUGCACACGUUCCCGUGACGGUCUGGAAUUGCAUUUUGCAACAAAUCACAUUGGGCAUUUUCUUCUAACAAACCUCUUACUGGAGAACAUGAAGAGUGCCUGCAGGGACAGUGGCGUUGAGGGGAGAAUCAUUAAUCUGACGUCCUCGGGGCAUAUGUUGACCUAUCCUGAAGGGAUAUGCUUCAGCAAAAUUCAUGAUCCCUCCGGUUUUAAUGACUUUAUUGCUUAUGGUCAAUCAAAGCUUGCCAACAUUCUUCAUUCUAACGAACUGUCCCGAAUCCUCAAGGAGGAAGGAGUGAAUAUUUCUGCAAAUGCAGUUCAUCCUGGUGUCAUCACAACGAACCUUUUUAGGAACAGGACUAUUGUCUCUGUCCUAUUGAACUCCAUUGGAAGAAUCAUGUGUAGAGAUGUAGAACAGGGUGCCGCAACGACAUGCUAUGUGGCAAUGCAUCCUCAAGUCAAGGGCAUAAGUGGGAAAUACUUUGCCAAUUGUAAUAUAGCCAGCCCAACCUCGCAAGCUUCAGAUGCUGAGUUGGCCAAGAAGCUAUGGCAAUUCAGCUUGCAGACCGUGGCUUCUGUUAAACAUGUAAAUGCGAAUCCUGUCAAGAUGAACAACCUGGCGCCGGUUAGUUAGAUCAGAUAGGAUCAAUCCCUUGUAAAUGGGAGAUAACAACGCUUCCACAACUUUUACAGCUUCUUGAUCAAAUGCUUCUCUGAACUAGUGGUGCACAUAGAUCUCCAGAUGUAUGUUAUGGUGUAUCUACUGUUAUCAAUGUCUCAAACCUUGAUUCAAAAUUUGAAAUUCAAAGCACCAUACUAUCAUAUAUUUAUUGCA